AUGGGCUUUCCCUGGGGCAGCAUUAUGCUGCUGUUUGGGAUGGUUCUGCUCAGGAUAGAGGGCAGCGGAGCCCAGCAGGCCAAUACCAAGAACAACGUCCCCCGGCUCAAACUCUUCUAUAAAGAAAUGUUGGAGUCGAACAACCUUGUGACGUUUGAAGGUCUGGCCAACAGUUCAUCCUAUCACACCUUCCUGUUGGACGAGGAGAAAGGAAGACUCAUCGUCGGGGCCAAGGACCACAUCUUCUCCUUCAACCUCCUCAAUAUUAGCAAAGACUAUGCACAGAUCCCCUGGCCAGCUUCUCCCACCAAGAGAGAUGAAUGCAAGUGGGCAGGAAAAGAUCUCUCGAGGGAGUGCUCAAAUUUCGUCAAGGUGUUGCAGCCGUUCAACCAAACCCACCUGUACGUGUGUGGGACCGGAGCCUUCCACCCUGUGUGCUCCUACCUGGAGGUGGGCAAGAAACCAGAGGACAGUGUGUUCAGACUGGAGCCUCACGUUGAAAAUGGCCGGGGGAAGAGUCCCUAUGAUCCCAAAUUGCUCACUGCCUCCAUGCUGCUUGAUGGGGAAUUGUACGCUGGAACGUCAGCUGACUUCAUGGGGCGGGACUUUGCCAUUUUUCGCACUCUUGGCGAUCAUCACCCAAUCAGAACGGAGCAACACGACUCCCGGUGGCUCAAUGAUCCCAGGUUUGUGGGCAUUCAUCAGAUUCCAGAGAGUGACAACCCGGAAGACGAUAAAAUCUACCUGUUCUUCAGAGAGAAUGCCAUGGAUGGAGAGCACGCCGGGAAGGCCACACACGCUCGCAUUGGACAGCUCUGCAAAAAUGACUUGGGAGGUCACAGGAGUCUCGUCAACAAGUGGACCACCUUCCUGAAAGCUCGGCUCAUUUGCUCGGUGCCUGGCAGUAAUGGGAUAGACACCCACUUCGAUGAACUACAGGACGUUUUCCUCAUGAGCACGAAGGAUCCCAAGAGCCCAAUCAUCUACGCAGCUUUUACCACUUCCAGCAACAUCUUCAAAGGUUCGGCUGUCUGUAUGUACAGCAUGACCGACAUCAGGAGAGUGUUUCUGGGUCCUUACGCUCACAGAGACGGACCCAACUAUCAGUGGGUGCCCUUCCAGGGACGUGUUCCCUACCCCCGGCCAGGCACAUGUCCAAGCAAGACAUUCGGAGGCUUUGAUACAACUAAGGACCUUCCUGAUGAGGUGGUGACCUUUGCCAGAAGCCACCCUGCCAUGUUCAACCCCGUCUACCCCAUUAACAACAGACCAAUCAUAGUCAAAACAGAUGUGGACUACCAGUUCACCCAGAUAGUGGUGGAUAAAGUAGAAGCUGAAGAUGGCCAGUAUGACGUUAUGUUCAUAGGCACAGACAUCGGGACGAUUCUGAAAGUGGUAUCAAUCCCCCGAGGCUCCUGGCAUGACCUGGAGGAGGUGCUGUUGGAGGAAAUGACGGUGUUUAGAGAGCCAACAGCCAUUACAGCCAUGGAACUUUCAACCAAACAGCAACAACUGUACCUGGGCUCAGACAUCGGCGUUUCCCAGAUGCCUUUACAUCGGUGUGAGGUUUACGGGAAGGCCUGUGCCGAAUGCUGCCUGGCGAGGGACCCGUACUGUGCAUGGGAUGGCACUGAGUGCUCAAGAUACUUUCCCAUGGCCAAGAGGAGAACAAGGAGACAGGAUAUCAGGAACGGAGACCCACUCACACAAUGCUCGGAUCUGCAACACAACGAUGAACUGAGCGGGCAAUCGACUCUGAAUAAAACGGUGUAUGGAGUGGAGAACAGCAGCACCUUUCUCGAAUGCAGCCCCAAGUCUCAGAGAGCCCUGACCUAUUGGCAGUAUCAGCGUUCAACUGACGACCGCAAACAAGAGAUCCAAUCAGAGGAGCGCUUCGUCCGCACCGACCAGGGGCUGCUGAUUCGCACACUCAACAAGAGGGACUCAGGCAUCUAUCUGUGCCAGGCAGUGGAGCACGGCUUCAUGCAGACACUUCUGAAGGUGACCUUGGAGGUCAUCGACACCGAGCGCCUGGAGGAUUUGCUGCAUCGCGACGAAGAGGCCACAGCCAGCGCUCCCGCCCUGGAGUUCUCCUCACCUCGAGAAUCUCCGAAUCAAAAGCUGUGGUACCGAGACUUCUUGUCUUUGGUGAAUCACCCGACCUUGAACACCGUGGACGAGUUCUGCGAGCAGGUUUGGAAGAGGGAGAGGAAGCACAGGAGGCAGAAAGCCCACCACGUGCAGCAGGGACAAAUGCGCCAGCAGCAGCAGCAGCAGCAGCAGCAGCAGAAGGUGCUGGUGAACCCUCACUCCCACAUGCACGCUCAAGGGCUGGCAGCCAAGUGGAAACACCUGCAAGAGAGGCAGAAGGGCCGUAACCGCAGGACCCACGAACUGGAGCGGGCCCCCCGCAGUGUCUGACCCACAAACCUGAACUUUUAACGCCCAAAACCUGAAACCGCACCCAGUUCUCAUUCUGUAACCCCCGAUUAACUUACCCAGCUUCUAUCUUCAUAUUAAGAUACAGACUUUUCCCACAAAGACUGGAUAGAAAAGUUAAACUGGAAAAAAAAAGGUCAUAUAAUUCCCCCAUGUGCUGGCUGGUGUGUUUUAAAGCGUGGGCAGCCAUAUUUAUGGUGUGCCUGGACAGAGGACUGCAGGAAACAGGAUGUUAUAUCACAUCAGACCUUCGGAGCAUAUUAUCUCAGCUGGCCUCUGUGGCCUGAGCACUGCAGAGGGUCAGUGUCCACCUGCACACAAACUGGGUACACACAGUAUAGGCACGACUGACUCCACGUCCAGGUGGCUGUGUCCAUGGCACCGUCGCAUGGCAUGCUAUAGGUGUCUUUGUCGGUGUGAAAACUAAAUAGAUACCUACACAUACCCGAUUAA